UCUCUUCAUUCCUCUCCUCAACCAUUCUGCUUUCUCUAUUCUCAAAUCCGUUUCUGUAUAUUUCCAAUAAGCACAUCUCUUGAGCUUAUCAAUUUUCUUGAGAAAAGAAUGCAGCCGAUCUUCCAUGCUGUCCUUCAAAAUGACCUUCCAGCUUUUAUGAGUUUGGUAGAAGAGAGAGACUCGACGCUGGAGGAGAAAAACAAUGAAGAACAUCUGAACGACACGGUUUUGCACAUGGCUGCAGGGCUUGGUCACGGAGAACUCGUCUCCAAGAUUAUCGAUCGUCGACCUUCCCUAGUCUGCUCCCGCAACGCAGAGGGAAACACACCGUUGCAUCUUGCUGCUCUCCUUGGAGACGUGAACAUAGUAAGUCAGAUGUUAGAGACUGGAUUAGAAGCGUGUACCGCACGAAACAACAAAAAUGACACACCUCUCCACUUAGCAUGCCGCAGCAUUUCGACGGAGGCUGCCAAACUCGUUGCGGAAAAGACAAACUCAGUUGAUCUCGGUGAACUCAAUUUCGCCAUAUCAAGUGGAUCCACUGGUGUUGCAAAGAUUAUACUGGAGAGAUUCCCAGACCUAGCUAGGGAGGAAGCUUGGCCUGUCGAAGGCGGCUCGCUAUCAACGCUAUUGCAUCAUGCGUGUGAUAGAGGAGACCUUGAAUUGACAAGAAUAUUGUUAGCGCUCGAUCAAAGACUAGAUGAAGCUAUUAACACCAACGGGUUAUCACCUCUGCACCUGGCCGUCCUCAGAGGCUCGGUUGUAAUCCUGGAGCAGUUCCUAAACAAGGCUCCAUUGUCUUUCAUCUCUCUCACGCCAUCAAAAGAGACAGUCUUUCAUCUCGCUGCAAAAAACAAAACCAUGGAUGCCUUUGUUUUCAUGGCAGAGCGUUUGGGCAGUAACAGUCAGAUUCUUUUGCAGCAAACAGAUGAAAAUGGCAACACUGUCUUACAUACUGCUGCCUCUGUGGCUUGUGGUGCUCCGCUUAUACGUUACAUCAUUGGUAAGAAGAUGGUAGAUAUCAGCAACAAGAACAAGAUGGGUUUUGCAGCUUGUCACCUUCUCCCUCAAGAUGCUCAAGACUUUGAGUUGUUAUCAAGCUGGCUAAGGUUUGACACCGAGCCUUCAGGAGUGUUGGAUCCUGAGAGCAUUGUAGUCGAAGAUCCCUCUAGUCCAUUGAUCGGUAAACCAUUACGGGCAUGCGUUAAACCUUUUGAUAUCUGCGGAAGCUCCGAUGCGGACGAGGUAAUACGGCUGCUUACGCUAAUCGGAAUAAACACAACAGAGUUAGCUAAGAGAAAGAGAAGUAAACAAAGUGAAGUGGAAAAAGGUCCUGAGGGCUUGGAAUAUGCGAUGCAUAUAGAAGCAUUACAAAAUGCAAGAAAUACUAUUGCUAUAGUGGCAGUCCUUAUUGCUUCAGUUGCUUAUGCCGGUGGGAUACACCCUCCUGGCGGCGUCUACCAAGAUGGGCCAUGGAUAGGCAAAUCCACUGUGGGAAAAACGACAGCGUUUAAAGUCUUUGCGAUAUGCAACAAUAUCGCACUGUUCACGUCCUUAGCCAUCGUUAUUCUUCUCGUUAGCAUCAUACCUUACAAGAGGAAACCGUUGAAGAGGUUACUGGUGGCCACGCAUAGAAUGAUGUGGGUUUCUGUUGGGUUCAUGGCUACAGCUUAUGUUGCAGCAGCCUGGGUGACAAUACCACAUUACCGUGGAACACGAUGGGUGUUUCCAGCCAUUGUUGCCGUUGCUGUUGGAGCUUUAAUGGUACUCUUCUUAUAUCUUGGUGUUGAGGCCAUCGUUCAUUGGUUUAAGAAGAAGGCUCGUGUAGGACUUACACCUUCCUCUGCAAGGACCUGUUCAGAUUUGGCCGUCUCAGGAAAAUCAGGCUACUUCGCUUAUUAAGAAUGUUGGGUUAAUCCUUUAUUUAUUUCAUACAUUUGUGAUUCAUUUUUUGUUCUUAAGAACAUCAGUGAGUAAUUGUCUCGUUUAAAAAUUCUCUUAUUGUUCA